AUGGGGUCCAAGGACCCGAUCAAGGGCCAGGAGCUCGAAACCGAUAUCGAGUUCAUCAAGACGCCUCCCGCGGUGCCCUCCAAAUUCCAGACCGGCCAGGACUGCGGCGUCAAGGUCACGACGGCGCCCGCCCCCUGGGUCGUUGGUAGCUUAGCUGACGGAUGGAUUGGGGCUCAUUCCCGCUCCUUCCGACAUCAUCUUUUCGCCACCCGCACCCUGCACCCGCACUGCUCUAUCCCGCCAUCAACAAUCCCCCUCCCCGCCGACGGCCCCGGCAAUGAGAGCUUCUCCAAUGGCAUCUUCCUCGCCGUCAUCUUCGGUGUCCCCACCUACGUAGCCUGGAAGCUCGGCGGCGGAAUCAAGACCACCGUCUUCUUGGCCCUUCUCUUCUUCUUCCCUCUCCUCACCAUCUACUGGUUCGUCAGCUCCGCCUACAGCCCCGCCACCAAUGACAAGGUCAAGUGUCCCGGCCGCCCCAUCGAGGAGUACAUCACCUUCAAGAAUGAGACCGACCGCCUCAAGUGGAGCGGCCGCCGCAAGAUCCCCAUCCAGACCUUUGCCAACAUGUACAUUGCCGGCGAGGUCGAGUUCAACGGCGACUGCCUCGACGUCCUCGAGUACCGCCACGACUGGGCCACCUUUGCCUUCACCGUUGACCUGCUCAAGUUUGUCAUCUUCAACUUCUUCUACGACGUCGGCAUCGGCCACAGCAGGCAGGAGGACGAGGACCAGAUCCAGCCCACCUACGACGCCGGCAACGACCACUACGCCUGGUUCCUCGGCCCACGCAUGAUCUACACUUCUGGUAUCAUCUCCGACGUCGACCGCGAGGAGACCCUCGAGGAGCUCCAGGAUAACAAGAUGGCGAUUGUCUGCGAGAAGAUUGGCCUCAAGGAGGGCGAGACCAUGCUCGACAUCGGCUGCGGCUGGGGUACCCUCGCCCGCUUCGCCUCGCUGAACUACGGCGCCAAGGUCACCGGUCUCACCAUUGCCAAGAACCAGACCGCCUGGGGUAACGACGCCCUCCGCCGCGCCGGUGUCCCCGAGGAGCAGAGCAUGAUUGAGUGCAUGGAUUACCGCGACAUGACCGGCCGCAAGUUCAACAAGAUCACCCAGCUCGAGAUGGGCGAGCACGUCGGUGUUCGCAAGCUCACCGGUUUCUUCCGCCAGUGCUACGACCUUCUCGAGGAUGACGGCGCCAUGUACGUCCAGCUCUCCGGUCUCCGUCAGGCUUGGCAGUACGAGGACUUCGUCUGGGGUCUCUAUCUCAACAAGUACAUCUUCCCCGGUGCCGAUGCCUCCACUCCCCUCUGGUUCUACACUUUCUGCCUUGAGAGGGCCGGUUUCGAGGUCAAGAGCAUCGACACCAUUGGCGUCCACUACUCCGGCACUCUCUGGCGCUGGUACCGCAACUGGGUCGGCAAUGCCGAGAAGGUCACGGCCAAGUACGGUGGCCGCUGGUACAGGAUUUGGGAGCUCUUCCUUGCCUGGUCCACCAUUGCCUCUCGCCAGGGCAGCGCCACCUGCUUCCAGUUCGUCGCCGUCAAGAACCUCAACACCACCCACCGUAUCGACGGCGUCUCCGCCCAGUACGGCCUCCACGGCGCCCUCGCCAUGGCCAAGGCUGCUGGCAAGGCCGUCCUCUCCCAGUAG